CAUCGCGUCCUUUGCCGGCGACACUCACGUCCUUUCAGCUUAAGUAAACUCAAAGACCCCUUGGAUAGUGUUAAUUCCUCCCCUCAACAGCUUUCAGUACAGACCAGGCUCGUUCGCACGCAUAACGUCACUUUUGGCCACAUAUUCUUUCGAGUACGACAAACAACAACAUCCCCCUCAGACAGACAGUCAUUCAUCGUUCACCAACAUGGCCUCCUCGUCCUCCCUCCCCGGACCCGCUCUGCAUGCCUCCCAGGCCGCUAUCAAAGCCGCGAUGGCCGAACAUCCCGAAUCGACGAUGUUGAAGGAGUCGGAGACCGCUGAGAAGCAGCAGAAUGGCGAUUCGACAAUAGAGCCGGGGGAGAUCCAGGAGUUGGAGGUGGAUAUGCAGGCGCAGGCGGAGACGAUCCGGACUGUUUUUAGCGAUCCGAAGACUUUUAACGUUAAGCACCCGCUCUACUCCCCCUGGACGCUCUGGUUCGACUCACCCGCGACGAAGGGCAGGAACCUGCCGCAGACACCGUCGACCGCGUUCCCGCAGACACCUCUCCCGCAGACGCCUGGCGCGGCUGCCGCGAUGGGAUGGAUGGAGGAUAUCAAGCGUGUGAUCCAGUUUGACAGCGUGGAGGAGUUUUGGGGGUUGUACCACAAUAUUGUGCCGCCAUCGCAGUUGCCGCAAAAGGCGAACUAUUAUCUGUUCAAGGACAAUAUCAUCCCUGCAUGGGAGGACGAGGCGAACAAAAAUGGAGGAAAGUGGAGCAUUCAGUUGCCAAAGGAUAAGAACCGGAACAACGUCGACAAAAUGUGGUUGUACACCAUGCUGGCAGCGAUCGGAGAGACGUUCGACCCAUACCUCGCAAAGCCGGACACUCCCCCCGGCACGCCAUCCCUCGUGACGGGCGUCAUCGUCUCGACACGCCCUCAAUUCUACCGACUGUCAAUCUGGACGAGACUCGCUCCCGGUGCGGAGGAGGACUCGAUCCGAGAACGAGUGGAGGCGAUCGGGAAGCACUUCAAGAUGGGCGUGCUCGGAUACUCAGACUCACAGAAGCUGGCGGGCCCGCUCGCGACGGAGGUCGAGUUCCUGUCGCAUAAGGAUUCGGAGAAGAAGGGGAAGCAGGCGAAGAAGAUCAUCGUGUAGUACAGUUAAUUGUCCUGGUUUUUGUUGGCUCUGUGUUACCCUGUUGUUGUUAUUUUGGCCGACGGCGCAUAUGUAGCUAUUCCAUAGUAGUGUCUUGAGAAUGUCGUGGUGGGGUUGGAAGAGAGAGGAUAAUCAC